AUGAGCUUCCCAGUGACCCCAAGCGCAGGCCGGCAACCGCCGCGCCUUAGCAUCUCGACGUCUGUGUCUCCUGACAGCUCGAGGCGACGCACGUGCCAUAACUUUUGCUUGUCCCUCUGUGACUGGGUCACUACUGAAGUAUGCUGCCCGCCGUUCGACAAGAAUUUUGAGCGGCGCUUGGCCCGUCAAGCUAACCUCAUGACGAUCUUUGGCGUCGCCGCCUUGCUCGUCAACUUGUAUCCUGGUGUCUUGAUGCUGUUUGUGAGGCAUCAAUCGCCGCAUGUCUACCCUGCACACACCACCGAAGACCUUCCACAUGAAGCGCCAUCUCACUUCAACCCUUUCAAACAGGCCGCAUCGCUGCUAGACCGGUCGCCAGGAGAUUCCCCCCUCGAUAUCUCCUCGUGGACGCAUUCGCCUACGCAUCUCCGCUCAACAGAUGCCGGGGGGCAUUCUCGGUCUCCCACUGCUUCACUGCCGUCGCGAGAUGCAGAGAACAUUCGUGCGAGUCCCGCAAUCGGUUCUUCACGCUUUACAGCAGAAACAAAGUCAGGGGAAAGGCUGAAUCAAAGGUUGCCUUUCGCCUCCAAAAAGGAGUUAGGAGCUGGAGCGGGAAAUGCCCACUCCUCAGCGUUCAGGCGCCAGAGCCCCCCCGGCAAGUUCCUCCCCGCUGGGUCUGCUGGCAUGUUCAGGCAGCAGGCUUCCGGACUGGGAACGCCCUCGUCUUCCUCGUUCUCUUUUGACGAUUCAAGGUUGCGAUAUCGUGCUGAUUCUCCCCUCCCUCCUGUCAAUUCCUCGUCUUUUGUAUCGGACUCACAAUCUCGCGGGGUCCCUGGCUCCGGGGCGGAACCGCGUGCUGAAGCCCCACCGUCCUCUUUUCUCUCCGAGUCCUCGACUUCCCCUCCACACAUUAUUGUGCCGCGUUUGACCGAAGAUCUCCACUCCUUUUCGAAAGGUCUAAUUUGGGUUCUUGCCUUUGUCGGCAUCUCGGCGCUCAUUCCGCUCCAGCUCUCCCUCCUGCUGUGCACAGUACCCCUCGCGGAAAUCCGUGUUCCUCGGCGCCGAAACGACUGUAUGUGCUCUAUUAUAUCGGUGAACAACCGCCUCAUUGUCUACAAUUGUCUGUGCUCACCGGUCCUAGCUGUUUUCUCUGCCAUCAACUUCGACUCGUACUACACAGCUGAUGUCUCCCACCUUAGCGUCGCCACGCGCCUCCUCGCCUACACCGCAGUUGCGCUUGCAGUAACUGUACACCUGCCUCUCGCGCUCCACGUCUACAAUUUCACCCGUUUCUUCGAGGGAGCAACCGCGUACUAUCAACUGCAUGAAAGCCUCUCGGCGGUGCCCCCAGGCUCGCCCUUCGGUCCAGUUCUGACGCCGCCGCGGAAAGUCGGGAGAACGGGAGACGAUGGGGAUGCAGUCCUGUCUCGGCAGAGAAUCCUCGAGCGACUCGUGAGUCACGGUGAGGCGUGCAGCUCCUUCCGCCGAGAUGAACACGCAAGUGACGGAGAGGAAGAGUCGAGCCCACUGCUGGCGUGA